AUGUUCAAAAUCAGCGACAUUUUCAAGCCAAAGGUGGAGACCCAGAAGGACGAGCUCGAGGAGCUGAGGCCUGUCAACGGCAAGUACGACCACCUGCUCCCGAUCGUGUGGAUCGACUGUGAGAUGACCGGUCUGGACCUGCUGAACGACCAUAUCAUUGAAAUCUGCGCCUUGGUCACCGACAGGCAUCUGCGGCUCAUCGACGACGAAGGGUUUGAGGCCGUGAUCCAUUAUCCAGAAGAGCGCAUGAACCAGAUGGACGAGUGGUGUCGGACGCACCACGGCGACUCUGGGCUGACGAAAAAAGUGAUCGAAUCGACCAACACGCUCGAAGACGUGGAAACCCAGCUUCUAGAGUAUCUGAGCAAGUACAUGUCGAAGGGCGUGGGCAUUUUGGCCGGAAACAGCGUGCACGUCGACAGACAGUUUCUGUGCAAGGAGAUGCCGAAAAUCACCGACUACUUGACGUAUCGCAUUAUCGACGUGUCGUCGAUCAUGGAGAUUUCCAGGAGACACAACCCGCAGGUGAACGAGUACAGCCCAGAAAAGGUGGGCGCGCACACCGCGCGGAGCGACAUCCUGGAGAGCAUCAACCAGCUCAAGUACUACAGAGACGUGUAUUUCAAGGGUCCCGGCGAGGUGGAUUUCGGCAGCCGAAAGCGGCGACACGCAUAG